AUGCAGAGAAUGGAAGAUAUGAAAGGUCCUGAAGAUCAAAGAGAGCCCUGCAGGGAUACCUAUAGAAUUGCCUAUGUGAUCCAUUUCUUGCUUGGUGCUGGCAAUUUGCUCCCAUGGAAUGCUUUAAUCACAGCUAUCGAUUACUUUGGCCAUCUUUAUCCGGGCAAGGAGGUCGAAAAGGUUUUCUCCAUGGCCUACAUGAGCUCUUCGGUAUUAGUACUAGUUGUAUUGAUAAGUUGGGCUGGCUGGAGGGAGAAACUGAGUUUCAGAGUGAGGAUGAACUUAGGAUUUUCCAUUUUUGUUGCGUCUCUGAUGGUGCCUCCAUUCAUGGAUUGGGCUGGGUGCAGCACUGAGCGUAGAGGGGGCACAAGUGGAGCGUAUAUCAUGACUGUUGCAUCGGUUGUAAUAUGUGGGUUUGCUGAUGGCUUGAUUGGAGGGAGUUUGAUAGGGUCUGCAGGAAAGCUGCCGAAGCAGUAUAUGCAAGCAGUUUUUGCUGGCACUGCUUCUUCAGGUGUUCUAGUGUCCAUCUUGAGGAUCAUAACAAAGGCAUCACUUCAACAGACACCGCAAGGUCUACGCACAAGUGCCCACCUUUAUUUUAUAGUCAGCACCUUUAUUCUGCUAGGCUGCAUUGUUUGCUGCAACUUGCUGUUCAAGCUGCAAGUCAUGCAGCAGUACUACAGACAGAUUCAAGAUGAUGAGCAGAGCUCUAGGCCGAAAUUUUGGGAGGUGGCUAGAAAAAUCCGGUGGCCAGCUUUUGGAGUUCUCAUGAUCUAUACUGUAACUCUGUCCAUAUUUCCUGGAUUCAUAGCAGAUGAUUUGGAAUCUGAGCUUCUACAAGAUUGGUACCCCAUUUUGCUGAUCGCUAUUUAUAAUGUUUCAGAUUUCAUUGGCAAGUCCUUAACUGCAUUGCAUCUUCUCAAGAGUAUCAGAAAGGCUACGUGGGCAUGCAUUGGCAGGCUUCUGUUCUACCCACUCUUUACAGGUUGCCUCCAUGGACCGAGGUGGCUGAAAUCAGAGGUACCGGUGGUAUUGUUAACAUCUAUGCUAGGAUUGACUAAUGGAUAUUUGACAAGCGUUGCAAUGAUCCUCGCCCCUAAAUCCGUACCCGCUACAGAAGCAGAAAUAUCUGCAAUUGUGAUGGCUGUCUUCUUAGGAAUUGGGUUGGUCAGUGGUUCUGUUCUUGGAUGGCUCUGGAUUAUUUGAGCCCCUUGGAGCUCUCAUUCUCCCAAAAAAAAUUAAUGAAAUAAGUUUUCGCUUCUAGGUAAUGUUAGGAUCACUGACCUUUGUCAAAUUUUGCUCAAGAAAUGGUUUGGAUAACCAAUCCAGUUAAAAGAAUUCAUUUGUACUUUUAAUUGAGGAACUAUGAGUCAGCAAUAUUAGUAU